CUUCUCUCCUGCCUCCACCCCUUCGGGGAGGGCACUGCGAGUCAAAUGAGGCAAAAGAGGGGGGCGCUUGUAGUGAAACUAAAGGGACAAAAGACGCGUGGACCCACUGUGGAAUUAAAACACGGGACGCCAGCACGCAGAGGGAAGGAAGAAGUUUUGAAGUUUGAAUGAACUUCCUUUUUUUUCUUGUUGUCGUUUGACUCUUCCCGGCAAGCCGCCUCGAAAACACUCACUUUUUUUUCCUCACUGAGAAGCGACAGCACUCAAAGCAGCGAUGGCGCCGUCUCUGCGCCAGGCCUACAGGAGGCGUUGGUGGAUGGCGGUGACGGCCGUGAUGGAGAACCUGCUGUGUUCCGCCGUGCUCUUGGGCUGGGGCUCGCUGCUCAUCAUGCUGAAGCGGGAGGGCUUCUACUCGCACCUUUGCUCAGAGAACGACUCGGUGGUGGUGACUCUGGGCAACGCCACUGAUGGCGACGCGGAGGAGUGGCUGAGCUGCGUGGACCAGGAGGAGAUGUUAAACCUGGGCUUCACCAUCGGCUCGUUCCUGCUCAGCGCUACCACCUUACCCCUCGGGAUCCUGAUGGACAAGUUUGGGCCCCGCCCCAUUCGCCUAAUGGGCAGCUCUUGUUUUGGUUUUUCCUGCAUCUUGAUGGCUGUGUCUGCCUACGACCCUCCCACGCUCUCGGCCCUCAUCUUCCUGGCUCUGUCCCUCAACGGCUUCGGGGGCAUCUGCCUGACCUUCACCUCGCUGACGCUGCCCAACAUGUUUGGCGCCCUGAGCUCUACCAUCAUGUCUCUGAUGAUUGGCUCCUACGCCUCGUCUGCUGUCACCUUCCCUGGAGUCAAGAUGAUCUACGACAGGGGCGUAUCCUUCCAGGUGAUCAUGUGGGUCUGGGCGGGCCUCGCCGCGUUUGUCUUCGCCAACUGCUUCAUUAAUUGGCCCAAGGAAGGCUUCCCCACACCUGAAGAGGUGGACUACAGCAAGAUCCUCACACUGCAAGAAGUGCCGUCAACAGACCAGAAAGUGGUCGGAGAGAGACUCAAGGAAAAGAAUGGCGACGUCCAACAUUCCACGGAGAAACUUCCUAAUGGCGGCAAUGUUGCAAGCAACGCCGUCCCCUUCCGCCGGUCCGUCUUCUCCCCCAUCUUCUUGUGGAGUCUGGUGACCAUGGGCAUGUCCCAGCUGAGGAUCAUCUUCUUCAUGGGCGCCAUGAACAAGAUGCUGGAGUUCAUGGUGACGCACGGCCAGGAGCACCUUUCCGAAGAGUUGGUGGUUGAGAGCGCAGAGAAAGUGAGCUUCUACUCGUCCAUCUUCGGCACCCUGCAGCUGCUGUGCUUGGUGACGUGUCCUCUCAUCGGUUACAUCAUGGACUGGAAGAUGAAGGAGUGCGAGGAGGAGAAACCCUUGUCAUCGGCCGUGGAAAAGAGCCAGCCCGGCGGGCCCACGCGUGACCGUAAGAUCCAGAAGGUGACCAACGCCAUGAGGGCCUUCGUCCUCACCAACGUGCUCCUCAUCGCUUUCGGCUGCUGCUCCCUCAUAGACAGCCUGCCGCUACAGAUCCUGACCUUCAUCCUUCACACGAUGGUCCGAGGCUUCAUCCACUCCUGCUGCGGAGGACUUUAUGCUGCCGUAUACCCAUCUAACCACUUUGGCACGCUGACGGGCCUCCAAUCCAUGAUCAGCGCAUUGGUUGCCCUGCUGCAGCAGCCCCUCUUCAUCGCCAUGGUCGGCCCUCUUAAAGGAAACCCCUACGUGAUCAACGUGGGCCUGCUGGUCCUCUCUCUGGCUGGCUUCCUGUUGCCUGGUUACCUCUUCUACCACCGCAGAGCCUUGAUCAGAGAGAAGGCGGCCCGAGACGCCGGCCAGGAGAUGCAAGCCCUCAACCACGCCGAGGCAAACGGCUUCAAGCCCCACAGCAACGGGCAGGCGGCUGUGGAGGCUUGAAAAACCCCAAGGAUUCGAGGAAUUAUAGGAUUUUAUUUUUGUAUGUGCCUUUAUAACGAGCGGCGAUAUAUCCAGUGUUUUUUGUUUUUUGGGGGUCAUUGUAAAUCAGAUGAAAAUAGGAACGACCCGCCCCCAUCCGCCCCCUUGCUUUGCAUCCACUGAGAGUGUUUGUGUUAAUGCUGUGGUGUGAUGUGGACAAACUGUGUGAGCGCCGUUGUUUAUUUAUUUUUGGGGGGUACAUGUCACAGAGCCAAAUGAGUGCGAUCCAAAGCCAUACGUAGGAUUCACUCGACAAGCCGACGCAAAGACACUAUGGCUAUCGCCGUACUUGAAACCCCCCGAAUGGAGUUUUCAAGAACAAAUCAUUGCUAACACCAAAGAACAGCUCGGACAAUUGGAGAAACGUUCUGUCUUCAGUAUUGUUCCAAGAGUGUGAUGAAGUUUUUAGUGCAUUAUUAAUCAAAUCCGAAAUGUCCAGACAACAUGAUAAAAAGAUAAGAGUUGAAGGUGAUUCAUACGGAUAGGCUGGAUGUAGAGACACCAUAUCUACCUCCUCCAUUUCAUUCUUUGUACUGUCUCUCUGCAGCCAUCUGCCGCCUUCUUUUUAAUUGUUUAUUUACAGUGUAAAAUGUUGAUUACCACACCGCAAAAUGUAAUGGGCGCAUCAUUUCUUCCUUGCGCGUACAAACCCCUGGCAUUUCUAUUUUUGAAGAUGUAUAGCAAAUUUGACAAGGAAUGACUGAUACUCAAUUAGGAGAGUGUGUGUUGUUUGAAACACUUUGUACUGCUUUAUGCACAGAGAUGAACUAGUGUGUGUAUAAAAUAUGUAUUUAAA